ACCCCGACAAAGCGGCCCUAUUUCUUUUCAGCCAGAAAAAGUCGAAGAAUCCGAAAACCGACGAUGUACGCCAGAACAAAUACCGGCAGCACACACGGAGACUUUCAAGAUAGAAACGGAGUAAAUUAUGUGACAUCGACAGAGUCCUUCGCUCACUGCUCUCAAUUGUUCUGGAAAAAGGAUCCCAACGACUCCGGACCGAGUUCGACCAUCAGCUGGUGCGAUCAGCUCCCUUCGUCCUCAGCAGCCCUCUCCACCUCCAGUCUCUCCUCAGCGUCUCUCUCCUCAGCGUCACUGUCCAGCUCCGGUCUCUCCAUGGAGUCCCAAGCACCAGCACCUCCUACAACAGCGUCAGACGACAUGGAAUCAGACGAGAGGCCGUACGUCUGCGACCUGUGCACCUGUGCCUACAAGCACGCCAGCUCCCUGCUCAACCACAAACUCACCCACAAGACCGGGGACUUCAGGUGCGACUUUUGCAGCAAGCCCUACACCAACUACAUGUCCCUGCGCAACCACAUGCGAAUCCACGGUCAGAAGCGCUACAUGUGUGACUUGUGCGGGAAGGCCUUCCGCCUGGCCCGGUACCUCCGCAACCACCAGAGGAUCCACGACGACGGGCCCAACCGCUUCGACUGUCCCUCCUGCUGCAAGAGCUACAGGACCAUGCUGGAGCUGGCCCAGCACCGCUGUACCGCUGCAGCGUCUAACCAGAACCGGUUCAACUGCCCGUCCUGCUUUAAGAGCUACCGAACCAUGCUGGACCUGGCCCAGCACCGCUGCAGCGCCGCGGCCAAACACCAGUCUGGCGGCCGUCGUUCCAAUUUCUCCUCCGCGCCUCGCCGUCAGCAGCAACAACAGCAACAGCAACAACAACAGCAGCAGCAGCAGCAGCAGAACAGCGCUAACUCCAUGAUGCAACCGCAGCAUGGAGGACACGGCCAGCAGGAACCUCUGCCCUCUCACUGCGUGUCACCGAUGUCUCAGGGAGGACAGGGCAGCAGCCAGUCUGUGCCUGACCCCCACCAGCAGGGCCGUCCCAGCUCAGUGUCCUCCCAGAGCAGCCAGCAGAGCAUGAGGAGCUCGUCCUCCAACAAACACGUCUCCUCCUCCAGCGCCACCCCAUCCUCCUCCUACUCCCUGCUCCAGCCCCUGGUGCCUGAGGUAAAGGAGAUGAGCUCGGGAUACACUAGGCUGAGCGCCAACCCCAUGCCGAAGCACCAGGACACUUUCUCUCUGGCCCCCCAGCGGCCCCUCACCACCAUCAACCCCAUUGGCCACUCCCUUCAUCCGAACGGAGCGCCCACGCUCAAGCCUUCCCCCGUGCCACGCACCAUCCAGGCCAUGCCCUGGGAGCAGCGCUCUCUCUACAAUCAAUGAGACGCCCCCAGGAAUCAAUCACCCACCCCCCCUCCCCGCACCACCUCCCCUUCUCCUUCACGUGGCAUCCACCACCACCUCUACAUACCCUCCCUCCUCCUCCUCCUCCUCCCUACCCAUUUCGGAUCCAGCAUCAAGGAUGGAGGACUUCAGAGGCCCCUCCACCACCUCACCCCUCCUUUGGAACGUUGUGUUUGGGAUCAGGGAAGGGCACUAUUGAGAACUAGUUGAGAUUGAGUAGUUAGGUUUAAAAAAAAAAAAAAAUGUGUUGCCUUGACCCUCAUGUAUGAUCUAUGCCAUGUACUGGAUAUAAGUUAAAAUGUCCCCUAAUCUGUCCUCUCACUAAGAAUUUAUCUCCCCCAUCCUUCUCUCCCACUCUAGUUAUGAAAAUAUCUAUCCUUCCCAUUAUGAAUAGUGUCUCUCCUCCCCCCCCCCCCCCUUUAUCCUUAUGUUAAAUGAAACAAAAGGCUAUUUUUUAUCAAGAGUGUGUCACAGAACCCCCCACUCCCCCGAAGUUGUCCAAGUAAAUGUGACAGAAAUUCUCCCCUCAGUUUGAUAUGUUUCUGAACAUACAACCCAACUUUGUUUUUGUUCAACGAGGCUUCUGGAAAGUAAAGGGAAAGGGGAAACAUGAACUCGUUUUUUUUUGUUUUGUUUUGUUUUGUUUGUUUGUUUUUUUUACGUACCCCUUCAACAUGCUCCAGAAUGAACAUUGUGUAUAUUGUGCGUUAGAAGGUGUCAUGACUAUUUCAGAGAGUCGUUUCCGUUCUAUUUGACGUUACAGCACCCACACCUCUCAUCUCUGAGCACCAACAGCAAGGACCACGGCAGAAAGGACUAGGCCGCCCGUCUUCCCUCGAAAACGUUUGGAACUCGUGCACGCCGGCCCGGCUUCUCCGUGCCGUGCAGACUGAAGCCCUGCUGUUGAGAAGGACCUCUUCCUCGGCGACUCAGCCACAGCCACGGAGAAAGGACGGCCUGGUGCGGUUCCCUUCUUUUAACACACACACACACAACUGAAAGCUCACUGUUCCUAAACUUGCGUCUGACUGGUGGCAUGUUGUUACUGUAGUUUUAAUAAUAAUAAUCGGUUGGCUGGGAAUCAAACCUAGAAGAUAAAGAGAACACGUCUCCAUCCCGUUCGUUUCAGAUCGACCGUUUAACACAUCUGUUCCUUUCACUUUAAAGCACUUUAAGACGAGUGCUGUAUAAUUAUUACUAUUACUGUCUCUGCCCCCCCCACCCCGCCCUCUGUCUAGAGCUGUGUCAGCUGUGAAGAUGUAACGUUGCCUUACAUCAACCCCUCAUCACAACUCACUCACAUGGUCACCGGUGGCCAAGCAGCAGAACUGGCCCUGGUUUGUUCCCGUAGUAACAUGGUUGUAUCUGGUAUCUACAGUGGCCAAAAAAAAAAAGAAAAAAUCUGCAGUUCUGGGCCCCUGCUCAAAGGCCCCCACCCGACCUCCCUCCACGCUCCAAACACCCCCCCCCCCCCCCCCCCACCACCACCCUUUCAGCUCCUACACACCCUCCAGUGUUGCUUUUCUUGUAGAAAACGUCACGCCUGCAUUCUCACCACUCCCAGGACGGAUUCAGUUAACACCUACCUGCAGGGUGUUUCAAUAAGCAGCCAAUCACAGUUGGCCUGAUAAGUCCAAAUACACACACAACCACACACACACACACACACAAAAGACAAAAGUGUUUUGUAAACAAGUCAGUUUGAGUAACAGUUUAAUCAUGGAUCCAGUAGGUAGUUACGUUAGGUUAUCUUGCUAACAUGGUGCUCAUUGAAAUACCCACAAUUCUACUGACAUUGUAUUUUCUCUUUUAAAAGUUGUUUCUAUUUUUAUUCAUGACAUGUUUUCAUUGUUGCUUUCUCUCUCCUUGUAAAGUGUCUUUGAGUAUUUAGAAAAGUGCUAUACAAAUAAAAUGUUUUAUCAUUA